GGGCGAUGCGUGGUUCGAACCUCACUCCACUCUCUCCUUUGUUUGGGGGCGUCUCCAUCAUCGUGGUCCCCUCCCCUAUUUCCACUUCCCAUCCCGGGCUGUCUCUCUCCCCAGUGCUCGCGUCUUCUCCCACAGUCCUUUGGGAAGAGGCACAGCGCGGAGCUCCGAGCAUCACACACGACACGGACAAGUCCCGCAGCGGAGGGCGAGCGAGGAAGAAAGAAAGUGUCAUACAUUGUUGACAUGUGACACGAGCGCUUGGUGAUCGGCCCGUGUGACAGCUCCCUGGACUAGGACGCACUUUGAAACACCUUUCGGCUUUCAGUCACGUUUUACGCGUUGGGGAAUUUACACUUUGAACAUGCUUUUUGCACUGUUGUAGCCUGCACUUCUUUCACGGGACUGUAGACUCAGCGGGCUGUGCCAAGAACAAGUGCAACAGAAAGAAACGAGGACGUGAGGACUGGUAAAAGAUAAAAACGCGGAGAGGUGCGGAGUGUUGAUGUUCGGAAUCCAAGAGAGCAUUCAGAGAAGCGGCAGCGGACUGAAAGAGGAGCCGCUGGGAGGGAUGAACGCCGUUCGGAGUUGGAUGCAGGGAGGAGGCGUGCUGGACGCCAACACAGCCGCGCAAAGCGGAGUGGGUCUGGCCCGGGCGCACUUUGAGAAGCAGCCGCCCUCUAACCUCCGCAAGUCCAACUUCUUCCACUUUGUGCUGGCGCUGUACGACAGACAGGGGCAGCCCGUGGAGAUCGAGAGGACCAGCUUUGUGGACUUCAUCGAGAAAGAAAAGGAGACGAGCGGUGAAAAGACCAAUAAUGGGAUUCAUUACCGUCUGCAGCUCCUGUACAGUAACGGGAUCCGAACAGAGCAAGACUUUUACGUGCGCCUCAUUGACUCCAUGACGAAGCAGCCCAUUGUGUACGAAGGCCAAGACAAGAACCCAGAGAUGUGCCGAGUGCUGCUCACCCACGAGAUAAUGUGCAGUCGCUGCUGUGACAAGAAGAGCUGUGGAAACCGUAAUGAGACGCCUUCAGACCCAGUUAUCAUCGACAGAUUCUUCCUCAAGUUCUUCCUAAAAUGCAACCAGAACUGUCUAAAGAAUGCAGGAAACCCACGGGACAUGAGGAGAUUCCAGGUGGUGGUGUCGACUACGGUGAGUGUGGAGGGACAUGUGCUGGCCGUCUCCGACAACAUGUUUGUCCACAACAACUCCAAACAUGGCCGCCGCGCUCGCAGACUGGACCCUGUGGAGGGGACGCCGUCGUACCUUGAGCACGGAGCAGCUCCCUGUAUCAAAGCCAUCAGUCCCAGUGAGGGCUGGACCACAGGGGGCGCUACAGUCAUCAUCAUUGGGGACAACUUUUUUGACGGGCUGCAGGUGAUCUUUGGGACCAUGCUGGUGUGGAGUGAGCUGAUUACGCCUCACGCCAUCCGGGUGCAGACGCCGCCACGGCACAUCCCUGGAGUGGUGGAGGUCACUCUGUCCUACAAGUCCAAACAGUUCUGCAAAGGGACCCCCGGACGCUUCAUUUACACUGCGUUAAACGAGCCCACCAUAGACUACGGCUUCCAGAGGCUUCAGAAAGUUAUCCCUCGGCACCCUGGGGACCCGGAGAGACUGCCCAAGGAGGUGAUUUUAAAAAGAGCAGCAGAUCUGGUAGAAGCGCUCUAUGGUCUGCCUCACAACAACCAGGAGAUCAUUCUGAAGCGUGCGGCGGACAUUGCCGAGGCCCUGUACAGCGUCCCGCGAGGCCACACCCAGCUCUCAGGCUCCGCCCACUCAGGCAUGAUGGGAGUCAACUCCUUUACCGGGCAGCUGUCCGUCAACGUCACUGAGCCAGCGCAGGCUAAUCAAGGGUUUGUGCGCAGCUCGAGCAGUGUGUCUCCUCACGGGUACGUGCCCAGCUCCACGCCUCAGCAGAGCAGCUACACCUCGGUCAGCUCCUCUAUGAACGGAUACAGCAACAACAGCGCCAUGACCAACCUGGGGGGCUCGCCCACCUUCCUCAACGGGUCCGCCGCCAACUCGCCUUAUGCCAUCGUCCCGUCCAGUCCCACGAUGGCUUCCUCCACCUCUCUCCCGUCCAACUGCUCGUCCUCCUCUGGGGUCUUCUCCUUCUCUCCAGCCAACAUGGUGUCCGCCGCUGUCAAACAGAAAUCUGCCUUCGCUCCCGUCGUCCGGCCCUCCUCCUCCCCGCCCCCCUCCUGCACCAGCGCCAACGGCAACGGGCUACAAGAUCAAACCUUUGUGGACUCUAGCAAGUACUCAUCAGCCAGCUCUCUACAAGGACUGGCCUUCUCCUGAACUAUCCCAGGAAUGAUCGUCCCGCCCAUGUAAAGGUGCAGAGGAAAAAAGGACUGCUUGGAUUUUGAGACAGACUUUGGUGCAAGAAGACUCCGGUUUGGAGACAUUAAAACAUGUCUCAAUUUUGAAGGAACUCAAACUCAACUCAGGCCCUUUCUAUCUAAACAUUUAAAAACUAACACAUGGACUGAAAAUCUGUUGGUUAGACUUUGUACACGUUUUAUAGGAUUACAUACAAGCUCUCCGCAGACUGUAAACAGGAAAUGUAUUUAUUUUGAAGGGAAUUUACUUCCUGUCUCGAGUGAAUUUAGUUUUUGUGCAACAUUUUAAAGUGUGAUAAUCAUAAGUGUAACCUACGUGAGGGAUUUUUAUUUAUGAAGGAUAAAAUGUGAAGAAAGACACUUGAUGAGGAUGAUGAUUAUGAUGAUAAUGGUGAAGAAGAUUUUUGAACAAAAAUGUGGGUCAAAUCCUGGAGACAUAGUCAAGCCAAAUCAGGAGCACACGUGCUAAACUAUUGCCAAAUACUAUAGUAUACUUUAUAAACAUGCACCAUUACACACACAGUGUAUAAUGAACAUUUAUUGAUAAUAAGAAUUUUGAAUUAACCUCCAUAACCCUGGUCUUUUCUCCCGAGCAUACCACCAUCUUGAAUGUUUACUCUUGGCAAUACUCAGUCCACAUUAACUUGUCCUCAUAAACAAAGAACUAUGCAGUAACAUCACUUAAGGUUAACUUAAUAUUUCACAUGAUUUUAAAAUAGAUGCUACAUUAAUGUUCAUUUAUUUCUCAGCAAUUCUUCACAUUGAAAGAGAAAAGAAGAUAAAUAUACUAUAACUCCACUCAGCUCAUUUUUACUGAACGGGUCAUAUAACCUUAAAGGUGCACUAUGUAACUUUACUGGCAGAGGAUGGUCUGCCACCUGCUUGUCUUCUUGCAUGGAGAUGUCAUUACUUAGCCUGGAAUGUUUCACAGCAUGGCUUUAAACCUAUCGUUGCAUUUAUUCAGUUACAGUUGUGUUAAUUGACGCCUCUCCACAGAUCUGAAAAGUAUCUUAUCACCUUUUUGUCUUUAUGGAUUUAGAUCCAGGCAAAUUAAUAACAUCUGAACAGAGGCAAUUAAAUGUAAUAUAACUUAAUUUAUCCCAGAGGAGAAUUUAAGCACAUUGAGCAGUUAAAACACAAAAAUAAUAAUAAAACAAAUGUUUCCGUGCGGGUUAAGAGCAGGUCUAGUCAUGUGGGCUCAGCAGAUCCUGUGUCAGGGCAGUUUGAGGAGGACAAUGACUCUCAGGACAAAGGGUCCCUUCUUAGUGUUCUGUUGCCCGGGCAUCACAGUCAGUGUCCAGGGAGAGCCAGGCAAAGGACCCCCCCCCCACCAAAAAAGUUACAUAGUGCACCUUUAGGUCACCCCACAGCAUAACUCAGUUUGUUUACAGACGUUGACUUUUUUGUGAAAUGCCAUUGACCCGUGCCACAGUGUCUCCAUGUGCCACAGUCUCAGGAUUUGACCCUCUGCCACAGAAGCCCUGAGGUCAAACAGGGGCUCGUCUUAAACUCUGCUGCCACUCACACUCUGUCUUAACCUGUUUGUGUGUGUUUGACUGUGGUGAGGUGCCAUUCACAGUGUGUUUCUUUCACUUUGAUUUCAACUGUGUGUCUUAAAGCUGCACUGCAAUAAUAUCUUACAGCGACACACUGAGGUCAUGUUUAUGGAAUUUCAAAUCUAAAUCACACGGUUGCUUUAAGCAAAGCAGUGUGGACCCCCCAGGCCGGUACCCCAGGUACUCACCUAAACUUUAAAUGAUCAUUUUCUCAAUUUAUUUAUACAUUUAUAAACACUAUCACUCUUCCAACUGGUUGUAAAGGAAGUUUGAUAUUAUUUGCAGUGCCCCGUUCUGUGUCUUAAACAUAGACAUAGAGGAAUAAUGGAUCAAUGGAUAGUUUUCAUAUCAACUACCUAUACUAUAACUUGUUUUUAUCCAUAGACACACCAUAUUUAUGUUAUUUUUAAUCUUUAUUUAAACAGAAAUGGCUAAACCACUACACUACCAGCUUAAAGAUGCGUCACUCCCAACUUAGCCAAAGUUAGCCGUAGCCUGUCCUCUGGCUAUUAUGUUUUUGUGUAGUUUUUUUAAUCCAUUGGUCCAUUGUUUUUCUGGUGUCUCUGGUCUUAAAGUGUGUGGUUGUUCACUGUGUGGAGUGUGAUUCAAGUCUUAAUACACUUUUGAUUUUGCCAAAGUUUUAUUUUUGUUUGCCUGAAACAGUCUUAGCCACAUCUUCUGCCAUACACUGUAAAACCAGUUCACACAUUUAUCAUCCGUGUCGCUGUGAAGGUUAAAUUUGUAGCCAAACGAUCAAAAUGUACAUCCCUUGAUCUAAUGUCUAAAUUUUGUGGAUAUUUGUAACAGAAUUUCUCUAAACAUGAACAAAAUGAUUUAGCAACACACAGAUUAAGCAGAUUAUCAAUGAAAUAGCAACUGUGAAUUGUAGUAGUGAAGCUCUUACCUGGGAAAAUUAAAUACAAAAAUACUCCUUCCUUCACUUUUUCUCAAAUGCCUGUUUAAAGCCAUUAUCUAACUGCUAAUUUGGACAACACUUUAUAAAAACUAUGAACUAUGCAGUAGGAUUUUAUUGUAGUAAUUUGCACCUCUAUACAAGCCCACCAUUGUUUUUAUGACAUCAUUUGAAAAUGUUUUGCCCUUUUUGCCAUUCUGACAUGAUUAAGUCCAUAAAUUGUAGUACAACUGUGCAUAGUUUUCACAGUAGUUUUGUCCUUAAGUGUUGCUCAAAUUAAAUCUACAAAAAGCCAUGUACUGUGUAAUUUCAGUCUGCAGUUUUCUCAUCGUGUCCCAUGUUGUUCAAAGUUGGAGUUAUAGCAUGGUUUUGUUGGAUUUUAGCUGUAGAUUUUAUAAAAUGUGUAUCUUUGAAUGUCUCUGUCUGUCUUCCAUGUGAUGGAGCCUAAACUGAGGUAGAGCUAAGAAGCGAACAAAUUCUCUCUCCAGCCGAUCAACCUGAACCUGAAUUGUCCAAACCUGCAUUUUAAAGCCCAUCUUCCCCACUUUCUUUUAUUGUUUCUCUCAUAUCCCUUCAUUCUCAACCCCAUUUUGAUAUUUGGAAAGUCUGUUUGAGCAUACAGGCUGCACUGAAUCCCUAUUUACACUUUUUUUUAUCCCUGUGAUUUUCAAACUUGUCAUAACGUGAACUCAUUUCUUUAAUAAUCUCGUAGGGAUCUUGUUAUUUUGAGUUGCACUGUGGCAUUUCUACCUGUCGCUUGUAGAGAUGUUACUGCUUCGCCUGGAAUGUUCCACUGUAUGACACUUUCCGCAAAACUGUAACUUUACCACCUACCUGAUGAGUUUAAUGCCAUAACUUGGAACAUUCUACGCAAUCAGGUGGUGGAUCCCUGCAGCAUAAAUGUGACAUAACGCACCUUUGAACAGAAUAUCCGGAUAAAGCCAGCACAAAGCCAAAACACGUACCACAGUUUGAAAAUCUCUCCUCUAUUCGUAUCAUCAUUUCACCUUUCACCUAUCCUACUUUUUUCACAUCCUUACCCGACUACCUUCCUCGUCUUUAAACCUUUCUUUGUAAAUUGAGCCACAUGGAUUUGAUCUUUGGAUGGAUCCUCAGACCACUGUCUUCUCUUGAAUGUGACUCUUAAAGUGACAGUACACACAUAAAUAUCAGCACAGGUUUAUACGGAGCAGGUAUAAAGUGAUUGUUAUAAUGUAGAUAGACGUCCGCACGCUCUUGGUCCUGGCCUCAGUGUCUUCAUGCAUUUACAACAGGAACAGCGCAGGUGGAAGAGAACAAAUGAACUACUGUAAAGAUGAUGCAGUUUUUUUAUUAUUAUUUUGAACUUUGAAGUGUAAGAUAAACUUUUUGACUCUCACUAUAUUUAAUUAAAGUUUUCUCUUCUCUG